AUCGGAACAAUAACACAGAAGUCAAAGGUUAGCGAUGACAACAGUGCUAUUAUUAAUAAAUAUGGAGUUUACUUGCAAAAUCGUGAUUUCAGUUUGUUAAAUUAAGAAUAAAUAUCUAAAUAAUGAAGAAUUAGAACUUGGAUUCGAGUGUGAUAGUGUAUUUAUAGUAAUUCUAAGUGUUUUUAGAAAUCAUUUUAAAAUUUGUUGUGCAAUAUACAUCAAUUCUGUGCUUGGCGAUUUUGAAGUUUUGGACAUCAGCUGAGAGACAUUUCAUAAUUUGUAGACAGCAAUUUCUUAUUUGUAAAAACUUAAAAACUACAACAAACUGGAGCGACUACCAGAGUACCUCCGCGACACCGUGGAUUGGUUUAUAGGAAAAGCACGGCGUAAAGAAAAGGAAGGAAGUGAAUCAUCAUCAUCAAAUGACUCAAAAUUGUAUUUAGAGGCAACCGUUUUAGAACGAAAAUUACCAGAAAUGGAUAUGCGACUUUUAGUAGAUUUACCACCUGGUCUUGACUAUAAUGAAUGGCUAGCAUCACACACUAUGGCCCUAUUUGACCAUGUAAAUCUAGUAUAUGGUUCAAUUAGUGAAUUUUGUACUCCAUCCGGUUGUCCAGACAUGACAGGUCCAGGUCAAAGGACUUAUUUAUGGUUUGACGAAAAGGGGAAAAAGACAAAGGUUGCAGCACCCCAGUAUAUAGACUAUGUGAUGACAUUUAUCCAGAAAACUAUUAGUGAUGAAACUAUUUUUCCUACAAAAUAUGCAAAUGAAUUUCCUUCAUCCUUCGAGUCAAUAGUGAGAAAGAUAGUUAGGCUGUUGUUCCACGUGAUGGCGCAUCUGUACGCCGCUCAUUUUAAAGAAGUGGUAAUGUUGGGUCUUCACGCCCACCUUAAUCUGACAUUCGCCCAUUUGACGGCCCUCCAUCAUCGGUUCUCUUUGAUCGAAUUGAAAGAAACGGAAAUUUUAAGAGAUCUUGAAGUUGCUCUCAGGCUGACAGAGGAUAGUACGCAAGAGGGCGGUAAUAAUAAUGACAAGUCCGAAUCGUCGGAUGUAGACUCGAAAUCUAAUUUAACUGAAGGAAGCUAUCUUAAGCAAUUAGCAGUUUUGACAGUUUUAGCGAUGUAUGUGGACACAGAAUUAAUGUUCGAAUGCCUAAUUUACUUAAACAUCUUCUAUUAUUCGGUAUUUGCUACUUGUGAAAGUAUUAUGACUGCAGCCAAAUAUAAAAGUAUUAUCGAUACUCCUGACAUUGGAAGAGAUGCAGCUGUUGUGUUUACUAAGCUGGCAGUAGAAUUGCUUAAAAUACUUAUUUUUAGAAGAUUUAAGGAAAAUCACAGAAGAUUGGUCACUGCAAUCGCCGUAUUCUUUACGAUGGUUACUGUUGCAGCACUGAUGUAUUCAUUUUUCAUACAAAGUCCUGUUCUAAAAUUAGAAACUAUCUUAAAUUCUCUGACGAGCAUGCUGGCUACAACAGAAAUCGUGUUUGGAGUUUUAUAUUUAUUGCCGUGUUGCGAGAAAAAACACUAUUAUUAAAUUUGUAAUUCAAUAUAACUGUUUUGUAUGAAUAAAUUAUUUUGGUAUAUUAUUGUUAAGAAA